UUUGUGAACUUAUUAUCAAGUACUUCGAGAUUUAGAGGACGUUAUCCGCAGGACUCGUUCGCGUUCGUUCGACAAAUCCGCCUCCUCCUGAACCCGAGGUUUUGAUUGGCUAGGCUCUGGUGGGUAGCAGGCGCCGAUUUUCCGUUUCGCGUAGAAUGUUAAUGAAUGAAUGAGAAUGAAUGAAUGAAUCAACAUUCGUGAUUCAUCGGGGAUGUAACCGCUCGUCAUUGCUGAAAAGGCAUUAAAAUAUACUGUGCAAUGGGUGCUGUCUAUGGCAAGGAAGGGUCCCCUAAGCAGGACAGUCCUGAAGAAGAGCCAGAUCCUAACAAUGGGUUACUAUUGAAUGAAUUUUAUCUGCCUCCUGAGGUACUCGCUCAUAUCCUCAGUUAUCUGCAACCAAUACUGAAUGGAAGGCGUGUAUGCAAAGUAUGGCGUGAUAUAAUUGAUACAGUUGUAUGGCGAGAAAAGGUUUUAAGAGAAGUUCCUGGAGCAACUACAACAUUAUUUCAACACAAGGAGCUGAAAUGGCCAGAUUUUUAUCAUCUUUGGCUAAACAAACCACAUGAAAAGAAUCUCAUUAGGAAUGGUUCAGCAGAGGAGUUUGAACAUUGGUCUGCUAGACCAAACACAUUUGGUGGAAGCAAUGGCAGCAAAUGGAAAAUUGAAAAAAAGCCUAUUGGAUGUGAUCCAUUUCCUGCUGGAAUAAAGCGUUGCUUUGUUACUUCGUACGACUGGUGCUCUGCUGAACAAGUGAUCAAUCUGUUUGACUGUGGACUAUCUCCUAAUUUUAUGAAAUAUGUUCGCCCCGAUAUACACAUUGAAGAAUGGUAUGCUGGCAGGUUCGACUGCGGCUUUAGAUACUGCCUAAAGGUGACACUCCUGAAUAGAUUUUUGGAGGCUGUGGACGAUUUUGUAUUUGAAACUACUGGUCACACUUCUGCAUGGGCCAAGGUCGAACAUGUCUUUUCCAACUAUGAUCAAGAGGUUUCGAGUAUUUUAUUCCACCAUAAAGGGAAGGACACUCAAUUUUGGGCUGGACAUUAUGGCUGCAAGGUUACUGGCGCCAAAGUCUUUGUGACCUUACCUGGUCUGGAAGACAAAGGGAGCUGUUAAAACAUUGGAACCAUUUGUAAGGCUAUUUUUUAGAAAGCUGCGCUUAAGACAAAAUAGACUUCAGCUGACAAAAAUAUUUCCUACCCUAUCUGAAGAUGCUGGAACUUAUCUGCAAAGUGAUACCUGAAACUAUACAAUUUCCGCCUUUAGUUUUGUUUUCUGUGUUAAAAGUGUUACCUCACUAGUUUGUAACUUAUUUACUUUGGUUUUAACUUUCUACUAUAAAUAUGAAAACCAAGAUUUGAUUCUGUGAUGUAGAUUUAGCAACUGGUGAUAAUGAACAUGUCUGGAACAUUUUUUUCUGAAGUAUGAAUAUAAUAUGAACUAUUAUGACUCAUUGGUUAAUGUUUUAUCAAAAUUCUUGUAGUUUUAGAAAAGAUUAAAACUGUUUCCAAACUCACAUGCUGUGAGAAGAGAAAACAGAUAUUUUCUGCAGUGUCAAAAGUUAUAAUCUUAUUUGUUUGUUGAAGAUUUGAUCCAUUCCGUACAAGUUAUAUAAUACUAAAAUUUAUUUUGUUACAUCUACUGUGAGGCUCAAUGAGUUGCUCUAUCUCAGUUAUUUUGACAAUCUAAUCUGUUGUUGUUUUUAAAUCUGAAUUUCCUAUAUUUAUUUCUUCUUUUGGUAAAACUAGAUUUUAUGUCCGAUUAUUGUUGUAAUUUACUUGAAAUUUUAUUGCUAGCCCCUACAUCAAUUAUCCAUUAAUCUGUAUUCGCAAUUAUUUUUCUCUCUAUUUUUUUAAAACUUAUUCUUUCGUUGGAGUUGAAUGGAGGGGCUUUUCCAAUUUUUUGACCCAAAUGCGGUUGCCCUCCUUUUCUUACUGUCCUAUGUUUAUUAUUAUUAAAUGAGGCCAUCUCUUA